AUGCCUGGAAUUACGAACACCUUGAUGAUCGAAGGCUCCUUCGAGGAACUUGUCGAAGAACUCGCACAGUACAUCGAUGCCCUGAAGAGAACGGCAGGAGAGGAAAGCCCGUCAACACAAUCAGAAUGCGUGGCGUUACUGAAAGAAGCCGGAAAGCAGGAUGAAGUAUUGAAAAAGCUGGUGGGCGCAAGCGUGGCACUCAACACGGCGCCAGAGAAGGAAUUCAUUGCUGCGUACAACCUGCUCGUCCACGUCAUCAGACAAUCCGAGAACCAAAACAUGUUCCUUUCCAGAGUCUGCCAAAAUCUUUCCUCUGCGCCGAUCUCGUCAUCACCCGCAAAUGGCACAAGUCUCGCCCUCUCAGUUCUUACCACAAUCUUCAACACCCUACAGCCCGAUAAUGAUAGCAGAUACCACGUCUUCUUCGCCAUUCUCCGAGUUAUCCGUGCCAGUGGCAACUUCGAAACUGUCCAGCCGCAAUUAAAGAACCUCGAGGCAUGGUUGAACCAAUGGGAGAUGGACGAGGAGGACCAGCGAAAACUAUACCUCACAGUCGUGGACAUCGCUCAAGACGCAGGCGAGGACGAGGAGGCCUACCAGUACCUUGUAAAAGCGCUCCGAACCAUCCCAGCAGAUGAAGCAUCCGACGAAGAGGCCCGUGCUCUCUCCCUACGCGCUCUCAAGUCCGCUCUUACCCACCCGACGCACUACGAUUUCCAAGACCUUAUUGCUCUCGAUAGCAUACAAGCUCUACGGAAUUCAGACCCAGUUUACUCCCAACUCCUUGAAAUCUUCAACGCUGAACUCCUUGACGACUACAAUGACUUCAAGGACGAACACGACGGCUGGCUCGAGGCCGAAAAGCUGGAUACUCAGGCCCUGAACCGCAAAAUGCGCCUCCUGACCCUCGCAUCGCUCGCUGCAUCCGCUGGACAGAGCCGCUCACUAGCCUACGCUCACAUUGCAAAGGGCCUGCAGAUCCCCCUUGAGGAUGUAGAGAUGUGGGUUAUCGACGUUAUCCGCGCGGGACUUGUCGAGGGCAAACUCUCCCAGCUAACUCAGACUUUCCUCAUUCACCGCAGCACAUACCGCGUUUUCACAGAAAACCAGUGGCGCGAGGUUGCUAGCCGUCUGGACAUGUGGCGGAAUAGCUUGACGGGUGUGUUAGAGGUCAUCCGAAACGAGAAGGCCAACUUCAUUCAGCAACGCGAGGCAGAGGCUAGGGAGACGGAGAACAAGGUUAAUGGUUCAAGUGGGAGAAGAGGACCGAGGAGGGAUAACAGGGACGGUGGCGUGCAGCCACAGACUGCUGAUUUGGAUGACUAA